CUGUUCAGUGUUCGCUUGACCGGCUUACAAGUUGAAACUAAGUUGAACAUAUUCAUAUUUUGAAUAGAAAAAUAAGAUUUUUUUAUUUUAUAAUGAAGGUUGUAUUUGUUUGUUUGGUAUUUGUGGGUUUGGCUUUGGCCAAGCCAGCGGGAGACGAUGAUAAUUCGAGGGGAUGCAGAUACAUUGAGGGAAGAUGUGUUGAAAAGUGCCCAGUGGGCACCCACGCCUACACCACCGGCUGCAGCUACCUGACCCCAGAGGCAACCUGCGCCAACCCCAACCCCAAACAAGACACCCGCGGGAAGCUCUGUGAUUUCUCAGCGUGUUACUGCGACGCGCCCACCGUGCGCGAUGAGAAGACUAACCAAUGCGUCAGCUUAGACAAGUGUUCUAAGUAAACGUUGAUUUAAUCAUCCUUGGUUUACUUUUUAACUUAACAGAUGGCUCAUUAUAAAAUGAAUAAAUUGGGUUUGCCAUAA